AUGCUGUCUGCUGCUCGAUUGAUCGCCCCUGCAGCUAGGUCUGCUAUCUUCAGCAACACAGCGCUGGUAAAGCCGGUCGCUGCGGUUGCCACACAGACACACAUUGUGCCAGCGGCGCCGGCUCAGCUCUCGGCUGUCCGCACCUUCCAAACCACAUCUGUUACCAAGGACAUUGACUCCGCCGCCAAGUUCAUUGGUGCUGGUGCCGCGACAGUCGGUGUUGCGGGAUCCGGAGCGGGUAUUGGAACAGUGUUUGGUUCCCUUAUCAUUGGUUAUGCCAGGAACCCAUCCCUGAAGCAACAGCUCUUCUCAUAUGCCAUCUUGGGUUUCGCCCUCUCAGAGGCUAUGGGUCUCUUCUGUCUUAUGAUGGCCUUCUUGUUGCUGUUUGCUUUC